GAGGUUCACGUUCAAGUUGAUAGUUGUGAUAAUUUCUUCAUGGAAUCUUAAAGCUGCAACUACUGUCUACUGAGUAGUAUUUUUCUUCUCUCUUUGUUCCUUUAUUUCCCAGUUUAUAUUUCUGUAAUUUGAAAUUAAAAUUAAAAGAGGUGGUUUUUGGUGUUCUUGCUGAAGCUAAGGAAAUGUUAACUGUCGGAGAAGUAGAUUCUGAAGGUCACUUGGAAUUGUGGGAGGAUCCAGAGGCAUGGAUUAAAAAUAACCCUGCUUCUCGUCUAGCCUUGGUUACAAGCUUAGACUUGAAUUUUUAUUUGAGGGAUGAUGUGGAAGAGAUAGGAGAAUUCAUAGGUGAGUUCACACAGCUCAUCUGCCUGAAAUUCGUGUUGGGUAAAUCCCUAAAGUCACUUCCUAUGAGCAUUGCAAAUCUAUCCAAUUUGACAUUUUUAGCUCUCUCUCACUGUAAUUCCCUUGUUGAAUUGCCGGCAAAUAUAGGGCAGUUGGUGAGCCUUACCCAUCUCGAACUUCAAUUUUGCAAGAACAUAAAGUCACUUCCUAUGAGCAUUGCUAAUCUAUCCAAUUUGACAUUUUUAUCUCUCUUUUUCUGUGAUUCCCUUGUUGAAUUGCCGGCAAAUAUAGGGCAGUUGGUGAGCCUUACCCAUCUCAAACUUUUUUAUUGCAAUAGCAUAAAGUCACUUCCUAUGAGCAUUGCAAAUCUAUCCAAGUUGACAUCUUUAUCUCUCUGUGCCUGUUAUUUCCUUGUUGAAUUGCCGGCAAAUAUAGGGCAGUUGGUGAGCCUUACCCAUCUCGAGCUUAGCUGUUCCGGGAACAUAAAGUCACUUCCUAUGAGCAUUGCAAAUCUAUCCAAUUUGAUAUUUUUAAAUCUCUCUCACUGUAAUUCCCUUGUUGAAUUGCCGGAAAAUAUAGGGCAGUUGGUGAGCCUUACCCAUCUCGAACUUGGAUUUUGCAAGAACAUAAAGUCACUUCCUAUGAGCAUUGCAAAUCUAUCCAAUUUGACAUCCUUAAAUCUCGAAAGCUGUGAUUUCCUCACGGAGUUACCUUCAAAUCUAGGACAAAUGAAGAGUCUUUCUCAUCUGGAGCUUCAUGACUGCAACAAUAUCAAGUCCCUACCUGAUAGCAUGAAAGAUUUAUGCAGCUUGGAUACUUUAUUCAUCGAAGAAUGUUAUUCCCUCACACAAUUGCCAAUCAAACUGAAGUACUUGAGAGUCACUGUCUGUAGCUGCUCUGAUGAAUCGUUAGCAAAUUGGAAGGAUCCAUGCAGCCUACAACACCUCUCCAUUUCAGGUUGCGAAAGGCAUGGCGAUUAUAUUAUAAUCUUUGCCCUUUUGAAUCAAUUUGUCAACCUUCAGGUUCUCUCUCUUCAUGAUCAUAUAGAGUUUGUUGAAUGGCCGGCAAAUUUGGAUGGGUUGGCCCAAUUAUGUCUUCUUGAAAUUCAACAAUCCGAUAUCAAGUGUCUUCCUUGGAGCAUCACGAAGCUACGCAAACUCCAACAUCUAAUGUUGCCCGAAGAUUUUAGACUCGAAACGUUGCCAUUUGAAUUGAAUAAUUCGGUCAUCAUUUCCGUUAAAAAAAGGCAUGUUCGCAAAUCCUGGGAGGAACUUAAAACAGAGAUAGGAGAAUUGCCUAAUCCUUUUGGUGGAGAAAUAGGAAAUGAUGAUCCCUCUUUCAUGUCUCCUCCUGGUUAUCUCCGAUUGGAGGAUGAUGAUGAUGAUGAUGAUGAUGCAGCUCAAAAUCCCUCUAUCAUGUCUCCUCCUGGUUAUCUCCGAUUGGAGGAGGAUGAUGAUCCUUCGCAAUGGAUUAUUAACAACAGAAAUUUACUCAUGUUGGUUCGCUUUUUGGACUUGGAAAUUUUUGAGGAGUUAACAGAUUCCAUAAUGCAAUUCAGUGAGCUCACCCACCUCUAUCUCUACAUCAAUGAUCAUAUUUGCCUCCCGGAUAACUACUUUGUCACAUUCACAAGGCUUACACAUCUCUCCCUCCACUUUUCUAAGUUUGGAAUUGCGGAGUCCGUUAUUCACAGCUUGAGCAAGCUAUCCAAUUUACAAACACUACAUCUGCGUUCGCUUAAAAGUGAAUUACCAGAAAAUUUUAAUAUGCCUGUCAGCCUCAAACAUCUCUCUUUAUCACAUUGCAAUAUGAGGCCACUUUAUGAUAGCUUGGAAAAGUUAACUAACUUAAGGAGUCUGGAUCUCAAUUCCUGUUAUUGUUGCGAGUCAUUGCCACCAUGUAUGUAUAUUCACAAACUCAGGCUUGUGGAUUGCUGCUUCAAUUCACUUGACUCACUUCCUAUUGGCCUACAUCACCUGGAAAUCUUAUUUUUCAAAUAUGACCUGAGUUGUAUCUUUGAAAAAUGUUGGAAUAAGUUGGUCAAACUGGAGACUCUCUCCAUUACAUGUUCUGAAAUGGAGUUCUUUCCUGAAGAUAUAGCAAGACUCCACAACUUGCAAAAAUUACAACUCAAAGACUGUAUCAGCCUCAGAAAACUACCAUCAAAUCUACAUGAGUUAGUCAAUUUGCAUACUCUUGAUAUCAGUGUUACCAGAAUCAAGAUCCUUCCUUCUAGUUUUGUGAAGCUGCGCAAUCUACAACACUUAAUCCUCCCCAAGUGUUUUAACUUUGAAAGCUUGCCAAGGAGUCUAAAGCAAGUGCUCAACAUUGAUGACACGGAAGAAGCAUACUACAAGAGCAAUGACUACGAUGCUUCCCUUUACCAAGCCUCAGCCUCCGAUGAAAGCAAAGAUGAAGUAACAAAACCAAUUGUUGUUCCUGGAGAGAGCUGCAAUGAAGACGAUUGUCUUGUGCCAACAGUAGAAAUUCAUGAAACUGUCCCUGAUGAGCAGACAUCAGCAGAUCUUUUCAACAGUAUAAGUAUAGGCUCUAUUGAGCACAGCACAACAGAACAAGGUGGUAUUUCACAGAUUUAUAAAGAUUCUCAUUUUAAUGUCAGUAAAGAUCCGAUUGAUGAGAAUAUACAGCAUACUGCUUUGUAUUCACAAAAUCAGUUCAAUCCUUUGGGAAAUGGCGGAUUUAUGAAAAACAGGCCCGGAGCUGAUUUUUUUGGUGUGAACAAUCAACAUGUUAUAAAUGAUGAACAAUUUGACAGCAUGACUUUGGAAAAUGAACAUGAAAUUGCUUCAAUUUGUCAGAAUAUAUCUUCAUGGGAUGGAAAUAGUAUUGUUGGUGGCUGGAACAACCAUCAUGCUUUAGAUUUGGGACAUAACAACAACUCUCAGAGUUAUCAUGGAUUUGCUAAUGUUAUUAGACAAGAGAAAGAAAUUACUCCGGGGGCAAUCCUGGAACCGUUGCCUAGAUUUGUCAAUGCUGCAGAGAAACAUGAUGAAUAUAAUUCGCCCAAGGAAAUGGCGGACAAUAUAAAUGUCGUUCAUCCAUGGCUGAACUAUCACUGUAGGAUGCAGUUCCCUCCUAGAGAUCUAAUGAAGGUUGAGCACCUAAAAAUAUCACUCUGCAAAUGCUCAAAAGAACUGCUUGCGAAUUUGAAAGAGUCAAUGAACCUACUGCACCUUGCCAUUAAGGAUUGCUCUCAGCAUCAUGUCAAAAGGUUUCCCACAAAUUUUAAUGAGUUAGCAAAUCUUAAGACACUUUCUAUUCGGUGUAUCCACAUCGAGUCCCUUCCUAGCUUCGCAGGACUUUGCAGCCUAUUAAAAUUACACAUUGGAGGAGUCAGCCCUUCAGCCCCAUGCCUUGAAAAGUUACCUGCAAAUUUGGAUAAUUUGGACAAAUUAUUGGUUGUUGACAUUCGUGAUACCAAAAUCAAGUGUCUUCCUUGGAGCAUCAAGAAUCUUCAGAAGUUGCGAUUUCUAAACUUGCCGCUGGAUUUCAGACUCGAAACAUUGUCAUGUCAAUUGAUUGAGUCUGUCGUAAUUACUGUAGACUGUAUGCACAUUCGAAAAACCUGGAAAGAACUCAAAACUGAGAUGGGGCUAUUAUCAUUUCGUGGUGUUGGAGUUGAUGAAGUUCAUAAUUUUUCAACUAUAUCUUCUUCUGGUUAUCUCCCAUUGAAGGAGGAUCCCGGGCUAUGGAUUAUGAAAAACUAUGAUUUAUGUGUGUCGGUACGUAGCUUGGAGUUAGAAUUGCCGGUUUAUUUGCCGAAGAUAGGAGAUUCCAUAGGGGAGCUGCCUAAGCUCACCUACCUCUAUAUCUCUGGUAAUAUUAACCUCGACUUGAAGCACCUCUCUGGCGUAAGCAAGACGCUUAGACAUCUUUCUCUUCAGCAUUGUAACAUUGAGUUCCUUUCUACUAGCCUCAGAAAGCUAUCCAACUUGGAGUUUCUAUGCCUAGAUUUAGGGGACACAAACUUGCCAUCAAAUUUGGAUCUGUUGGUCAACCUUAAACACCUUUCUCUACGUCAUGGCAGUAAACAUUCUAAUAUUAAUAGCCUGGCUAGGUUGUCCAACUUGAAAGCUUUGGAUCUCUUUCAAUGUGAUUUCGAAUCAUUACCUGCAAAUUUGAAACUUGCUGAACUUAAGCUUUCUGGUUCCAUCAUCAAAUCACUUCCUACAAGUCUUCAUCGCUUGGAAAUCUUGCACGACAAAGGAAGAUGCGAAAGAACAAAAUGUGAUGUAGCCUCAUUAAAUUUGAAACAGUUAAUCAAUAUUGAGAAACUUUCGGUUACAUGCUACUCCAUAAAGUUGCUUCCCAGCAUAGAAAGACUGCAAAACCUGCAAGAAUUGCAACUUAAAGAUUGUUCCAGCCUUGAAGCAUUGCCGAAUGAUCUGGGUAAAUUGGUCAAGUUGUGCACUCUGGAUAUUAGUGGUACAAGAAUCAAGUCACUUCCCGAUAGCAUCACAAAGCUAUCCAAUUUGGAGCACUUGAUCCUUCCAAAAUGUUUCCAACAGGACAGCUCUCUUAAGUAUCCUAAUAAAGGGUUCAUUAAUGUUACUAUUGAUGAUAUAGUAGAACUGUAUUUCAAUGACAUGAGUUAUGAUGAUGAUGGUUAUGAAACCUCAAUGGAAACCAGCAAUGAAGGCAAUGGGACCGAUCUAGAUUCCAUAGAGGGACAUAAUGAAGCAAUUUCAAAAGAACUGGAAGAGGGUUCAAUUAAUGUGCAAACAUCACCACACAAAGUACAUGUUAUUCCAAUUCUUGAAGAUUUUUGUUCUAGUAGGAGUGAAACUCCAAAUCCAGAAGGUGAGAGCAUCCCUGCUAUACGAAAUGAUCAAAAUGACAUUACAACUAUGCUAAUUGAGCAAGAUAAUGGUGAGAACAGUCAUCAUGAUUUAGAAAAUGGGCAGAAACAGGUCCCUCAACACAAUAUGGUGGAGAGAAAUAAAAGAACUGAAAUUUCUGCAGAGAAGCUACAACAAUGCUGGUCCGAAAACCCGAUGUCACUUCAAGAAACUGCAGAAAAAAUAUUUGGAGAUCUCAGUUAUAACAAAGGGGAGACUUCAAAUCCAAGUGGUGAGAGUAGCCAUGCUAUUCAAAACACUAUAACUACAGCAACUGAACAAGGGAUUGCACUUGUAUAUGUCACAAAAGAAAUUGAUUGUGGAGAGAUCAAUCAUCAUGCUUUAGAAAGUGAGCAGAAUCGUAUCCCUCAAAGUAAUUAUGUGGUUAAGAUGAAAGAAAAUAAUAUCACUCUAGAGAAGCUACAAUCAUUCUGGUCCAAUCACACAAAGCUAGAAGACGCAGCAGAACAACUUAGAGUAUCGAGGUCUACAUUGAAACGAAGAAUAAAAAAAUUGGGUGUCAAGUGGCCAAGAAAAGGAAAAAAACUACAGCCUGAUGCAAAGAAGAGGAAACACAACAAUAAAGCACCAUUUGAAAGUGAUUGCUCACAACAGAAUUUGGUGAACCUUGGUAGUUUAGCAGCUCACGCGGAAAAUGUGGAGUGUAUAAUGGGAUCAGACCUGCAUACGUUGCCAAAUCAUGUAUCCUCCAACUCUAAUGUUGUUAUCAGAGGGAACUUAAUGGAAACCAUAGAUAGUCAUCAAGGCGCCGAAGUGCAUUUGAAUGGUGCAAAUGAGCGUACACUAUCAGAUGCUCUGCCACAAAAUGAGAAAUCAAGCAACUUUAUUGUGAAGGCCUAUUAUAAUGAUGAUAUAGUAAGAUUUGAUUUCUCAUUGAGUAAAAGUAUUGACCAGCUCAAAGAAGAAAUUGCCAACAAACUAGAACUAGAGGUUAACACAUUCAAAAUAAAGUAUAAAGAUGAAGAGAAAGAAAAGGUAACAGUGACCGACAUCUCUGACUUAGAGCAUGCCUUAAAUCUUUCAAGAUCAUCUAAUAAUAGCAGUGUUGUUAGAUUGUUCAUAUUUCCGAAAACAUGAUAUCUUGUUUUAUAAUAUUAGUUUUGCAUAUGUAUAUACUCUCAAUUUCUAGCAGAUGGUGAGACAAUUUA